AUGCUUUUAUUAGAAAAAUAUGAAAUUAAUAAGAAUGGCAUGGAAUUAUUCAUAGUAUUUCCUUUACUGGUCACGUGAUGUUAUGAUAAAUUGAUUAUUUUAAAUUAGAUUAUAUGAUAGUCUGUUAUGGUUCAUCCUGCUCCACUGGACGAUUCCACUUUGGCGGUAACUUCAAACUGAUGUUUAUAAACAGACACAUUAACAUAGCGUCCAAUCAGAAGUUGUGACACUAAGACAAUCAAAUCAACUAUAGCAACCUCCAUGGAAACCUUGAAAUUGAUCGAACCAUAAUUGAACUUUGCAACUCGAUUAUCACAGGCUGACAGAAACAUCAAACAAGAUGUCGAAAUAUACACCAGAAAAACCGUCUCCCCUCGCACGACUUCCAUUGACCCGAUCGAGAUCUAAAGACCACCUCAACACGAAGACACCGCUAACACCCUUACAGCAUUUAAAAAAAAAAUUCGAACAUGAACUGGAAAAGAAAGUCAAGCCCCCAAAACGAGAUGAGAUUAGUCCAGUAUUAUAUAAUUUACGCAAUACUCCAGUAAAGACACUUAAAGAGAAGCAGCAGAUAUUGGUAGAGAAACACAAUGACACGAAACAACGUUGUGACCAGAUAAAUAUUGGGGGAGGUAUUUCACUCUGGCCUCAGAUGGAGAACAUGAGAUUAACAGAAAGGGAGAUAAUUCGAUUGUUAUUAAGUUGUAUCUGUUUAGUUUCUACUCUGUUUUUUAUCUUCCACAAAUUUCACGGUUCAUCUCUAAGCAGUUUAAAGAGUUUUAAUCAUGAAUUAAGAAGAUUUUCUUCGCGUCAUACAGUUGUGAUAGAUCAAGAUUACACAACCUUCAGAAAGUCAAUCAUGUCAUGGCAUCAAGAUUUUAGAAUACUAAUUAGAAGAAUAGAGGUUGAUUUUGAUAUGAGUCGUCUGUCACCAGCCUAUCAGAUCUUUCUACUCUUGUAUGUGGUGGCCAUUAUAAUUCUGGUCUACUUUCUAGUCGAUAAUAUCUUUAGUAAAAAUAAACUUUCACCUCGACGAAUUAAAAAUUGGGUUCGGUUAUUGGUGCUUGUAUCAACAUGGUCACUAUUAAUAUCAUACUGGUUAAUCUGUGCUUAUAGACUAGAACAGUUAGUCCACAACAACAUUCUUAGAUUAUCGGAAGUGAUGGGUGAUGUCAUAGAAACAGAAUUAAAUUUGGACAUUUAUAAUAAUAUACUAACCUAUUGGAGAACAAGGUGUCUACCUCCAACCAGUCACGGAAUUAUUUUAAUAUUAGGGGCAGUACCAGUUCGUGAUGUAGUCUUUUACCUACAGUACUACAGUCUACCAAUUUUAACUAUAAUUUUAACACCAAUCGGCAAACUUAUAAUAGCUUUGAUAGACAUUUACUCGAUAAAAACUUUCUGAUAUUCUAAUUCCUUUAUACAUUUAUAGUGCUUUCA